AUGAAAUAUGAUCUUUCAGGUUAUUAUUAUGGACAGUGGAAAACUGGGAUGCGUUCCGGAUAUGGUAUACGAAGUGGUGAGGUUAAACGAGAAAACAGCACCACAAGGCAUUACAAGCGCUGUAUUUCUAGGCAGUCCACUGUGGAUAAUUUUAAAGCCAACGGGGUCCUACCCAGUCAGAACAGUAAACUACACCAUGUGAGGACCCUUUCGCAAACUGAUUCCCACCCACAAUCACCCAGACCCUUAAGUGAUCCAGACAUUGCUAGUGAAACCAGAUCAAUGAACAGUACAGUGGGUAGUGGCUCGGCUCAGUCUUAUAAGAUGGAUGGUGUUGAUGCUAAUGGGCAGAUUGAAAGGGCAGAUAAUCGCCUGAUAGAGACAUACAAGGGAGAGUGGAAGAAUGACAAGCGGCAUGGAUAUGGUGUUAUAGAAGACACUGACGGCUUUAGCUAUAUUGGCGAGUGGAGUGAAAACAUGAGGCAUGGAUUAGGUGUUGCUUCAUAUCCAGAUGGAACAAAGCUGGAAGGAGAGUGGAAAAAUGAUGAGUUAGUUACGGAUUCAAGAAAGAGGGGUGCAUUAGUUUCUCUUGUGACAAGGUUUAAACAGCGGCUGAGGGUGGUUUGUGAGGGGGCCCAGGAUGCUGCAGAUAAGGCAGAACAGAAGUCACAGAUAUCACUAUCAAGAGCUGCUGCAGCAAGGGAUAAGGCUGUGGAUGCUGUCAGUGCUGCCGAAAAUGCUGCCGCGGCAGCAGCCACUGCUCAAAAACGUGUCAGAGCAAUUAUUUCUAAAAUGAAAGACAAGACGUAG